AUGACAACCCCGAGCAAGCAGCCCCCCUCCCCGGCGCGGAAAGUACCCGACGCCUCGGUCGAGAUUGCCGGCCUGUCGCCCCCCCUGCCGCUGGCCAUCUUCAAUGCCAUGGCCAUCUACCUGGGGUUCAUCGCGGCGUCCGAGGCCCUGCCGGACCUCUUCGGCCCGAUGAUCAGCCGCCUGCCGCUGCUGGUGGUGCCGAUCCUCAAGACCCUGCCCAUCUGGAUGCUGCUGUUCCAUGUGCUGGCCCGGCCGGUGCAUGAUGGCUUCAGCCUGGGCAUGGCCUUCGGCCUGGCGGCGUCCUCCAUCGGUGACAUGGCCCUGGCGCUGGAGCUCGACGAGCGGUACUUCCUGGCCGGGCUCGGGGCCUUCUUCGUGGCGCAUGUCCUCUACUCGCUGGCCAUCAUCUCCGACGACGAUCUGUCCAACUUCUCCGGCUUCAUGGCGCUCCUGUCCGGCGGCAUUGCCCUCGGUGCCGCGGCCCUGGUCCUGCCGCUCUUCAUCUACCACGUGCCGAUGGAGAUGCGCAUGCAUGUGCUGGCCUACUGCGCGGUGAUCAUUGUCACGCUUUGGCGCGCGUUGGCCCGCUUCACCACCGACCUUUCGGACGCCCAGUACCGUGCCGCCGGCAAGCCGACGAAGGCCACCUCCAGCUACGUGCGCCGCGGGUCGGCUGCCACCGCUCUCGGCGCGGCCUUCUUCGUCCUGUCCGACUCGCUGCUGGCCUACAACCGCUUUGCGCAGCCCUUCCGCUUCUCGCACUUCCUGGUCAUGCUCACGUACUACUCGGCCCAGGCCCUGCUGGCUGGCAGCGCGCGCGCCGACAACUACCGCAUCGCCCCGGGCGCCCAGGUGCUGAACCCGGUCCGCCAGUAA